CCAAGUGGGCAACAGGGCAAUCAAGGGGACCCUAAAUCACUCCGUGGGGCAGUAGAACAUUCAUUGGGCAACCGGGCACCCAAGUGGGCAACCGGGCACCCCAUGGGGCAGUAGAACAGUUCACGGGGCAUCAGGGUGCCCAAGGGCCAACAGGGCACCCAAGGGCACCCUAGAGCGCCCCGUGGGUCAGUAGACUGUUCAUGGGGCAACAAGGCACCCCGUGGGGUAACAGGGUGCCCAAAGGGGCAACCGGGUGCCCGAAGGGGCAAGUGGCCGCCCCUGCUCCGUGUGACAGCCGUGUCCCCGCAGGCUCGUGGCGGGGAGGAUGGCGGCGGAGGGGGGCCGGGUGCAGAUCUCCUUCCCCCAGCACGCGGCGGCGCUGCUGGACUCCCUCAACCGCCUGCGGCUGGAGGGGAAGUUCUGCGACGUGGCCGUCCACGUGGGCGGCCGCAUCUUCCCGGCCCACAAGAGCGUCCUGGCCGCCGCGUCCCCCUUCUUCCACGACAAGCUGCUGCUGCAGGAUGGGGGGCGCCUGCUGCUGCCCCCCGCCAUCGACCCCGACGCCUUCGAGGGGCUCCUGCACCUCAUCUACUCCGGGCGGUUGACGUUGCUGUUGGAGGCCCUGCCCGGUCAUCUCUUGGUGGCCAGCGGUCUCCAGAUGUGGCACGUGGUGGACCAGUGCUCGGAGAUCCUGAGGGAGCUGGAGGGGGGGCCCUGCCGGUGGGCUGGGCGGGGCAGCGAGGUGACAUCAUCAUCGUCAUCAAGCGGCCGCGGUGGUGAGCCUUCAUCAUCCUGGACCGCCCGUGGUGGAGAUGGGUCUUCAUGCACCAGCCACGGUGGAGAUGGAGCGUCAUCGUGGGCCACCCGCAGUGGAGAUGGGGCUUCAUGCACCAGCCACGGUGGAGAUGGAGGAUCAUCGUGGCCCAACCGUGGUGGAGAUGGGUCUUCAUCCUCCUCCUGGACCACGCGCGGGGGCGAUGGCUCAUCGUGUCCCACCCGCGGUGGCGAUGGAGCAUCCUCAUGGUCCACCCGUGGUGGCGAUGGCUCUUCAUCAUCGCCAUGGCCCCUGCGUGGUGGCGAUGGCUCUUCAUGGGCCACCUGCGGCGGUGACGCGGCAACGCCAUCUUUCACCAAGGAGGGGGGCGAGGAGGUCCUCAAAAUCCGCGUGGCCACUGAUGUGGCGCCAGCAGCCACGUCGUCCCUGAGCUCCCUCCUGAAGGACACGGGUGAGGAGGUCCUCAAGAUCUGCGUGGAGGAGGACGAGGAGGAAGAAGAAGAGGAGGAGGAAGAGGGCGGCCACCGCCGCCACCACCGCCCCACCGACGCCCUCCAGAUCGUGCUGGAGGAGGAUGAGGAGGAAGACGGGGCCCCCGGAGACGCCCACGAGCCCCCCAAGAUCUUCUACAUCAAGCAAGAAGCGGGCGACGGCGCCGCCGUUGAGGGCCUCCUGCCGGCGGCGGAGUUGGCCGGGGGCUUCGCCCCGGCGGAGCCGUCUUGGAAACCGGUGGACCUUCACGGGAACGAGAUCCUGGGCCGGGGCCAAGCGCUUCACGCCCCGGUGAAGUUGGGAGCGGCUCCCGACGGCAAACGCUUCGGUUGCCUGUGCGGCAAACGCUUCGCCGUCAAGCCCAAGCGGGACCGGCACAUCAUGCUGACCUUCAGCCUGCGGCCCUUCGCCUGCGCCGCCUGCCACAAGCGCUUCAAGCUGAAGCACCAUCUGACGGAGCACAUGAAGACCCACGACGGGGCCGGCAGGGCCUGCGAGCGCUGCGGCCGCCGCUUCCGCCUGCGCAGCGGCCUGGACAAACACCGGCCCCUCUGCCAGGGGGCUCGCUGGGGAGGGGGGUGCUGGGCCUGCGACUGAGGGGGACGCGGGGGAAGGGGGACGGAGGGGGUCCCGGUUCAGGGCUCCGGUCCCAGUUCAAGGCUCUAUUCCCAGUUCAGGCUCUGGUCCCAGUUCAGGCUCUGGUCCAGUUUGGGGUUCCAGUCCCAGUUCACUUCUCUGGUCCCAGUUCAGGCUCCAGUCCCAGUUCA